AUGCCUCCGGACCUCCAUGUCGCCAUCGUGGGAGGUGGCCUCGGCGGCAUCGCCCUCGCCAUCGCCCUCAAAGCCCGUAACAUCUCCUUCACCAUCUACGAGGCCAAAUCCGCGUUCACGGAGAUAGGUGCAGGCAUCAACCUCGCACCCAACGGGCUGCAUGCGCUCAGGGAAAUCGACGCGUCGCUGGGCGACCGGAUCUACGCGCUUGCGACGCGGAACCUGCCGCCGAGCGAAGAUACGUGGAUGUGGGUGCGGUACGGCGCGGGGCACAGGGACGGCGAGACGGUGGUGGAGUUGCGCGCGCCGCCAACGGGGUGCAUGGCCAUGCACCGGCAGGAGCUGCUGGGGGUGUUGGCGGAAAAGAUGGGCUACGAGCAUGCGCAGUUCAAUAAGAAACUGGUGUCGUUUGAGCAGGACGACGACGCCGUGCGCCUGCGCUUCGAAGACGACACCGUGGAGAGCGCGAGCGUGCUCGUGGGCUGCGAUGGCAUUCACUCGCGAGUCCGCGCGUGCAUGUUCGGUAGCGACAGCGCCAUCGCGCGCCCGCAUUUCAACAGCGAUGGUGCAUACCGCGCCGUGAUCCCCAUCGCGGAUGCAAAGAAGGUGUUCGGCGAGACCGCGCGCCAGAGCCAGGUCCUGCUCGGCCCCAACGGCUACGUGAUAUACUACCCCGUCAACAACGGCACGGCCGUCAACGUGGGCAUCUGGGUGCGCCGUGCAGGACACGUCUGGGACCGCAAAGACUGGGUCGUGCCGCGCCAGGGCGCGCAGUUCCGGCGGGAUCUCGAGGGCUGGGGACCCCGCGUGCGCGCGCUGAUGCCGUUUUUCGGGGCCGAGCCUGCGUUCUGGGCGGCGCACCAGCACCGAGUGCAGCCGGCGUCGUUCGUGCAGGGUAGGGUUGUGUUGAUGGGGGACGGUGCUCACGCGAUGCCGCCUCACAUAGGGGGCGGAGCCUCGCAGGCGGCAGAGGAUGCGUACGUGCUCGCUGAACUACUUGCUUCAAUUCCGCCCAAAGAUGCGUCGCUGGCGGCGGUGCGUGCAGCGCUGAGGGCCGCGGAGAGCGUGAGGAUGCCGCGGUUUCUGGCGGUGCAAGACAUCAGCGUGCGGGCCGGGCCGGACUGGUAUUCUUUCUUUGAGCGCGGGCUAGAGGGCGAGCAGUUGGAGGGAUGGAGCGUGGGGAUCAAGACGAGUGUGGAGUGGGUUUGGAAUGUGGAUCUGAGGGACGAGGUCAGCAAGGCGAAGCAGACUCUCGCGGAUUCAUGUGAUGCCCGUAGUCGCUGA